AUGUCGCCAAAAUCUGUUCUCAGCAACCUUGCAUCCGUCAAUGAGCCGAUACGGCGUGGAUCGAUCAGCUCUAAUCUGGAAAAGUCUAACGGUGGAAAGCGCGAAGCUAUCAAGGCAUCAUUCAAAGAGAGUCAAAUUUACAAACUCAAAACUAAGAUGACCUCCGGAAGGAAGGCAAAGACUGAGAAAAUCGGGUCUCUAGAAAAGCAAAAUGAGAGCAUCGAACUGGAGACUGCUCGUGACACUCCAAGUACGCCGCUGCCGGAGUCUUCAUUAGCGGAGGCGUUACCCACUAGCAAUAGCAAUGAACCCACUGCUGACUUGGAAGCUCCCGAGCCAAGUACCACUGCUUCACCAGAACAUGUUUCCGAUACCUCGUCCGAAGUGUCGGUCACCUCGCUCGUUGCCGAUCUCGAUCAGGCAACGAGGUUUUUGGAUGAUGAGGGCGAUAGCCAGGACACGAAUCUUGCCAUUACCUCACACGACCCACCCCUGCUGAUACAUGGUCAGCCUGUCGAGCCGAUGACAAACCCUACAUUCAGCAUUUUCGACACAUCAGAGCAGUUGCAUCAAAUCAGAGCGUUGAUCUUGAAGCAGGCAUACGACUUCCUUACAGAAAUGCCUGCUGAUACGACCACCAUGGACUAUGUGGACCAGAUACUCCAGGAGUAUCGCGUAUUGCUGCAGAGGUACAGUUCGAACUCGGAAAAUCUACAGCAAGCGACAGAUCAACUGAAAGUGUACCACGAUAUCGAAAAGAAACUCAGGGAUACACAGAUGGAGUUGAGAGAGACAAAAGGAAGACUACAAGAUGCGGAAAAGCAAAAAGGUAGAUAUGACAGAGAGUCUACUCAGCAGAAGGGACGAUCAGCACAACUGGAAAGACAGUUGAAGACGCAGCUGUCUAAAGACAAAGCACAGUGGCUAUCUGAACGUAAAACCCUCUUGGAGGAAAAUGAGACGCUAAUGAUGUCGUAUGGUCAACAGAUACAGAGCCUGAAUAGUAGCCAUUCUGUUGAGAUCGGGCGACUGCAAAAAGAGAAACAAGAUCUCUAUCAACAUACAACACUAACGGAGCGAGAACACGACCAACGCUAUAUCCGUUUACGAAACGAGAAGAAUGCCAUGAUCACGGAAUUGAAACAACAGAUCGAUUUUCUGACAGACGAGAUUACACGCGCUAAGAGAUCUGCGGAAGAGCAACUGCGCGUGCAGAGGGUCACGCUCAAAGCAGAACAUGAGCAUGAUCUACUCAUGCAUGACAAGGAUGUUAAAAAACUCCGGAAGGAAUUGCAGAUACAAAAGACCAGUCUCACCGAGGCGCAUACGCAAGAAUUACAGCAACUGCAAGAAAGAUCUCAGAGUGAGAAGGUUGAGCUUGAUAAGAAGCACGACGAGGAAAUGGCACGAUUGCGAUCUCAGCGCGAAGAGCUGAAAGUGGCGCUUGUUGUGAGAGACCAUUUCAAGGGCUUGAAAGAUCGUGAGCUUACUGCGCGAUACAAACGAAUCUCCACUGAGAUCGAAAACUUCGCAAGCAUGGAGUGGAACACUCGAUGUGAAGCCAACUGGCCCCUCUCAGAGGCACAGCUUAUGCGGCUUCAUCCGAAAAAUACAAGAAGACUGAAGCAGCAGAUAGUUCAGCACUCCAUGUGGGUACUUCUGUAUGAGAAUAUUUUCAGUCUACCAUUCAAGGUAUUUGGGAAAGAAGGCGUGAGGAUGAACGAUGACUGGACCAGUAUCUACGAUUUAGGUGUGUCCUCACUAGAGUGGCCCACGGUACCCUCAGAGAUUGAAAAACAGCGGUACGAGACUGCUCGUUCACUUCUUACGGCCAUUGAAGCACCUGGUCGAGGAUCGACGGAACACCAAGAGCUACGUACUGCAUACAGCGAAACGAUCUCAGCAUUGGUGACGAUUAUCUCACAGGCUAUCGAAAGGGUUGCAUCACUGAACGAGAGAGACUUGAAGUUACUUGAUGCUCUCGUGAACCUCAGUGGGAGGACUUGGCUGGAAUGUUGUUCUCAGCGAUACAGACUCAUCAUGCAGUUGCCUAUAGCUGAGGGCAAUAUUCUCAAUCUGCCCCGCAAAGAAGCCCAGGCACUGACGCUUGUUGUCAGUCCGGAACUGAAGCGGUACGGCAGCUCUCAAGGCGAGCAGCUUCACGGCGGCGAGCCGAUCACCGGUUGGAAAGGACUUGCCGUAUCGUAUCCAGCAUGA